CGUAAGCAUUAGCCAGCCUUAUUUGAUGGGGAACCUUUAAAUUUCCAUCCCACAUGCAAGGGACCACAACCACGAUCCAUCAUCCAGGUGUCUGAUGAUGUCAUAGCCCAAACAGGGGCUAACAAACAAAGGCACCCCUCAGAUCACAAUCAGGUACCUACUAUGUGAGGUACCUACCUCAUAAUGCAACCUCAAUUUACAUCCCGUCGUUACCCCUAUGACCUAUUUAUUAAUACCUACCAAAAACUACCUAAAUUAAUACCUAAACGCGAAUGGCAGUAAUGUCGUUUCGCUUAGAGCCGGUAUGGCUAUUAACGCUACUCUCAACCAGGACUGUCCUGGCAGCCCUUGCGGUACCGGCUGUGCAUCCUAUGAUCACACCAGCUCCCGACCUAAGUAACCGAGCCAUAGACCGCCGCUUGGACGUCGGCAGUUAUGUCAACAGCUUAAUAGAUAGCCUCGGGAGCGACGUCUCGAGCUAUGUAGCGUCAGGCGUGCCUCAAUUCUUCCAGGACUUCCCUAGUGGCGAGGCCGUCGCGAGCUCCCUUGGAAUUCACAACUCGGACCUGGAUGCUAAGCCUACCCAGGUUCUAAAUAUCCCAGCAUAUGCAAACUGGACUGAAGAUGGAUGGAAUGUUCGUGUACAUGGCAAUGUAUAUAAGCAGCCCGAUAUUUCGGAGGAGAAACUCAACGACCUAACCGAUGUGUUUCUCGUCGAUACCGAUAUUGAUGAGUUGUCUAUUCCAGAGCAGAGGCAAGCUCGGAAUUUAACAGCCUCCAUAUUCGUCGUUCAGCAGGGAGAUAUGAAUGUCACUAUCGACUUUGUGAAUGACGUUGAUGUUCGUCCGGAUGCGAGCGGUGGUGUGAUCAAUGCCGAAGGCGGGGUCCAAUCCAUUGGCCUUCCCUAUAAAACAACAGCCGAAGGUGAUUUUGACGCCUUCGUCAUUCUUCAGAACACGACUGGCCCCAACAAUGGACACCUAAUGGCCGGCAAUGCGACUUCAUCCAUCCAGGCCCUCAACAUGUACGCUAGAGGUACGGACACGGGGAACGCGACGGCCUACCUGGUGCCUCCCGAAGGCUUCACGAUCAUCUCCGAUAUCGACGACAUUCUCCGCGUCACCAAGAUCUACGAUCCGAAGGAAGGCCUUUUGAACUCGUUUGCGAGAGAGUUCACUCCCUGGAUGAAUAUGCCCGAGAUCUACGCCAAUUGGUCUGCUACGAUCCCCAAUUUCCACUUCCACUACCUUACUACGACGCCGGAACAGGCGACCAGGAAUUACAUGGAGUUCAUCUACAAGACGUACCCGCUCGGCUCCUUCGACACGCGGCCGCUCAACUUCUCGGACGUGUCGGCGACGCUGUCGAUCCGGCAGGCGCUGCUGGACAAGAUCUUCCAGACGUUCCCACGGCGGCGGUUCGUGCUGGUGGCGGACACGUCCAACUCGGACGUGAUGCGGGACUACCCGCGGCUCGCGCGCGACUACCCGGGCCAGGUCCAGUGCAUCUUCCUGCGCAACACGAGCGCGACCGACGGCUCGGACCUGUUCCCGUACGACACCUCCGGGUUCGAGGGCCUCGACCAGAGCCGGUACAUGUUCUUCGUGACGCCGGACGACUUGAAGGGCGUGGAUAUCGUCGGCGGGGACUGCCACAAUCGGGCUGUCGUGCAGAAUGUUACGUUUGGGUACCAGUGGCGAGGUGGUGGGGAAGAGGAGGACGACAGCGACAAUAACAACAAGGAAUCGGGGUCGUCGACGUUGUUGGGGUCGUGGAAGGGCGCGUGGGGUUGGGCGUUGGUGGUAACCGCGCUGUUUGUGGCUCUUGGAUUUGGGAUGGGUUAGCAUGGGUG